AUGACUGCCAAGUCAUGGCAAGGCGUCCAAAGCGGGUCCUGCGGCGCGUGCACGCAGCAAGGCGAUGGAACCGAUCCUACCUUACCAACGUUUUUCGUCGAAAACUAUCCCGUAUCGUCAUCAUCGACAAGACUGUCAAGCGAUACCGAAGCCAAACGAGAAAAAAAUGAGACGCCGACUGAACCAACAACCCCUCGAUCUCCAGGACGCCUCGGAUCUUUCAAUGACUACGUAUCGAUCAUGGCGACAGAGAUGUCCUUUCUCGAAAAUAAUGGCUUCUUAGCAGCCGCAGCCGUUGUGGUUGUGCUACAAGAAACGACAGUACAGCGCCUCCUCAUUCGUCAAAGGGAUCCGCAAGUACGUGGCGAUGCGAUAAUUCGACUCCGGCGAUGCAGAGACACUAUCAAGAAGCUCAGAGGUCGCCAGACUUCACUUGGGCAUCGAGCAGACCAUCUCGACCGUGUUCUACUCGAGAUUAAAAAGGAUAUCCAGCACUUUGACAACGCCGAUCCUACUACGGAGGCCCACUUGCCUGCAAAUACGACCCUGGGAUCAUCACCCUUAUCGUGUGGGCUACUCACGCAAGCGACAAUCCCAGACCAACCAUCACCAUCACUAGUUUUUGACGAUGUCAUAAAUUUUGGGAACGACGAAUUGGAGCUUGAGGUAGGCGUCACCGCGAGAUAG